AUGAAAUUUCUACUACUCUGCCUGUUAGCCGCGUAUUGCUACGCCGAUGACUCUAGUGAAGCAUUACUUUCAAAAAUUGAAGAACAUCAAAUGACACUUCGCGUUUGGGAAGAAGAUAACUCCCGGUUAUUGUCGACUCUCAUCGAAGAACAAAAGAAAUACGACAAUGCCAAGAAAAACGAAGUUGUAUUGUUACAAACUGUCGACUAUUUGCUUAAAACUAACAUGGAAAUGUUAGAAAACGUUUUAACUGGACUAAAGAAAAUACAAAUGAACCUAAGUGACGACCACAUGGGAGAAGACGGCCUUGAAACUAAAAACGGCGACAUAAGAGAAGUUGCUUCGUCUAAUAAUUAUGAAACAGACUCCGAUGCCCGAACACUUCAGUGGAUUAAAAAUUUAGGGAAAAGUAAUUAA